AUGCCGCAAGGCGGCGUUGUCCAAGUCGGGUGGUACCGAUACAUACCUUUUCUCGGCUACCAUCAUGUGUUGAUGAUAUUGAUUGCCGUAGCAAUCAUUCUACUAUCCCUCCUCCUCGCGGGCUGUUCAUCGUCCAGUCCCUUAAUUCCCGGCAUCUUCUUGCUGUCGCUUUACUACGAACAUUAUACAGCUGUACCCAGCACCGCCCAGGUUGACUACAGUGUUAAUAAUGCCAUCAGUGGCAUCGUUGGGUCCGCCCAUUUGCAGGCCCGGGUCGGUUACUUUGGCAUUUGUGUGAACCCUGACGGCGGCGCAUGGCUUUGCUCGAACAACGCAACGGCUUUGGCCAACGAGGUAAGCGUGGACCAGGACCCGCUUAAUCUCAUCUGGCUGGCCAGCCAGUUUAAGGACAUGAUUGUCUUCCCGUACUUGAUAAUCAUUGCUAUUAUCUUUGCUUUUAUCUGCCUCUUGCUUCUAGCCACUUUCCCUGGCUGGCACGAGGAGGAAGACAGCGAGGGUUCCGAGCGUGAGGUAAAGCCUUUCCCGUCUCGAUUCGUUUCGCAGAUUUCACUUGCCAUUAUCUUUGUGGCAUCAAUUUUCAUUCUUGUGUCUGUGCUGUGGCAACAUACUGCAUCAGUAGCAGCCAGUAUCAUUGCCCAGGAUCUCGGCAAUGGCAGCGUGAAGUCGGGUGUCGGUACCAGCGCGAUAGCAAUGGGCUGGUUCUCGUUUGCCCUGCUUAUCGUGGUGACCAUUGGCUUGUUGGUGAUGAUCUUGAGUAUCAGAGUACUGAAUCAGCUGGCGGACUGA